CAUAUUAUUUGUGAUGCAUAACUGCGAAUUUCGUAUUACUUUUCCUCUCAUUCAAGUUCUUUCUAGAGGUUUUAAUCUCUCUUCCAUCCCAGGAGUCUAUUGAGGCUUGAUAUUGUCUAUAGGUUUCAGCAGAUUUUGAGUACACCCUUGAGCACACCUGCAGGAGAUCAAAUGUUUGGUUGCUCAUGAAGUUGUUCCUAUCACAAAAGAUAGCUUCUAUUGAAGUUGCUUUUACUGUCACAAAAGUAAGCUUACUUCAUCCGUUUCAAGUAUAGAUGAAGUGGAUUAAGUGAAAAUAUGGAAAGGACAAGGUAAGACACAAUCCUGAAGCGGCAAUGGAACCAUAGCUAGGAGACCCUGAAUAUAUUAAAGCUGUACACACCUCAGUCAGAAACAACUCGUGGAACCCAUAUUGAACCCUAUCUACAAAAGCAACAACAGCAGACAUUCUGUUUUUUUGAGUCAAUCGCAUCUACUAAUGAUUUUCUGCAGAGUCGAGAAGUUUGGAAUACCACGACAUAUACUAUCCUCCGCAGUACUUGCAAUCAGUUGCCGGACUCCAACUCCUUCCUGUUUUGCUUCCCAGGUUUGGGAAGCACGGUGGUGCUGAUGUACUACAUGUACCAGGUUGAACUACAUGUACCAGUUAAGCAUCUUGCAGAAGAGCAGCCGAGAAAAGGGAGAGGCUCAUGUUGUGAAGCGAAAGCAUUCUCGUUGACACUGAUGAUUCGUUUUGGUGUGGGAAGAUUGUUUGUGACUGGGAGUUGUGGUACUAAUGAAUGGGGAAAGCCGCCUGUGGAAAAGAACAAGAACAAGAACAAGAACAAGAAAAAUUAUUACUGCAGUGGCCGAUGUGUGAUGUGGGCCUGGGUGGCUUUUUGGCUGAAAUUCCACGAUGAUUUUCAGAUUUUGUACCAAAGGAGAGGACGUGAUUUGAUUUGCAGAGUUGAAAUGAGAAUGAGAAGCCAGUUUUCUAAAGCAUUGCCAGUUUCACAUGAUGACUUGCGGUUACUGCAUAGAGACGAUGUCAUGGUUGGUGUUUUGUUACCUCAAAUAUAUGCCUGAAUACCUUUUUCGUGUCGCAAUAAUCACAAAUAUCUGCAUGACGAUAACAGAAUCUGGUUCACAAUUAAAGAAAGGAGCGAAGGUCUCCACCGAAAGUUGGCUCCAUUUUCCUGAUCAUGGGGAAGGCUAUUGUUCUCAUUGAUACUAGUCGAAAAGCUCAUGUGAACAAGCUGUAAUAUUUUGAAAAACGAUUUAUUGAAGGUAGAAAUGUCAAUUCAACUGUGCAUAUGA